AUGGCACGGACAUACGCUGAUGCCGUGACCUCGCUGAACACCCUUCAGUCGAAUUUUGCGAUUGUCGACGCCGUCCGCAAGUCCGGAGGCAGGCUGAAUGAGCUGUCGAUCCCGGAAAUGGUGGAAUGGUGCCGCAAGAUUGGAUACGAACCCUCAGACUUCAAUGCGUUAAAGGUCAUACACAUCGCCGGAACCAAGGGCAAAGGGUCGACGGCCGCCUUCACCUCGUCCAUCCUCACUCAAUUCGUCGGAGGGAAAGAACCCAAGUCGUUGUCAAAAGUAGGCUUGUACACAUCUCCGCAUCUUCGGUUUGUUCGGGAACGCAUACAGAUCAAUGGGGAGCCGCUGUCAGAGCGCCAAUUCGCGCAAUAUUUCUUCGAGGUCUGGGACAGGCUGGAGAAUGUCGCAAAAGAAGCAGGACAGGACCCUCACUCUCCGGAAUCGAAACCCGUCUAUUUCAGAUACCUCACCUUGAUGGCCUUCCAUGCCUAUAUGCGGGAAAAGGUUGAUGUUGCGGUGAUCGAAUGUGGCAUUGGUGGCACUUAUGACAGCACAAACGUCUUCGAAGCUCCAGCCGUCACUUGCGUCACGAGCCUCGGGAUAGAUCAUGUCGGCAUGCUUGGUUCUACAAUCGGCGAGAUUGCCUGGCAUAAAGCUGGAAUCAUGAAGAGCGGCGUCAAGUGUUUCACCCCGAGCACCCAGCCUGCGGAAGCGAAAGCGGUCAUGGAGCACGUCGCAAGCGAGAAAGGGAGUAUGCUUCAGUACGUGGACGUUGAUCCGGCUAUCGCCAGCGGCGACAUCAAGCUCGGUCUCCAAGCAGACUUUCAAAAGAUGAACGCUAGUCUUGCUGUGGCUCUAGCAGAAACGUGGCUGGGCCAGCAAGGGCUCGCGCAUGACCCCGACUACAAGCAAAAAAUCACACAGGGAUUGGAAAACGUUCGGUGGCCCGGCAGAUGUGAGACACGGUUCGAGACCGGAAUCAAAUGGUGCAUUGACGGUGGCCACACCCUGGAAAGCAUUGAGCUGGCAGGCAAGUGGUUCGCUUCUCAGCUUAUGCCCGACCAAGGCGCUUCAGCUCCUCUUCCCCCUCAGCCUCGUUUCUUGAUUUUCAAUCAACAGACACGCGACGCCGCUUCCCUUGCGAUGGCACUAUUCAACACACUGUCCAAGGCGCUCAAUGAACCACAUCCGUUCACCCACGCUAUUUUUUGCACCAACACGACAUUCAAGGACAGCGGUUUCAAGCCCGACCUCAUUUCGGUCAAUGUCAAUGCGUCAGACGUCGAUUCACUGAAGGUUCAGAACAAUCUCGCCGAGACUUGGAAAGGUGUCGAUUCCUCAGCUCGGGUUGAAGUCGUGAGGACAAUCGAAGAGGCCGUCGGUAUCGUCCGCAACUUUGCCAAUGCCUACCGACAGAAUGCAACCGAAACAGAUGGCGAGAAACAGGUGGCAGCGCUGGUCACAGGCAGUCUGCACCUCGUUGGGGGAUUCUUGGAGGUUCUGGAGAGUACGAGCAGCUCGGAGCAAGGGAUAUGA